AUGGCAACAGAAUUAAAUUGUUCAUCAAGUUCUGAAGAGCAACAAGUUGGUCUUCAUCAAAUUAAUCAAAUACCUAAAUAUUAUUCAAAUGAAAAGGUAUUUUUUGUUGUUAAAACGAAUUCGCUUGAACGAACAUACCCCUAUGUGAACUAUGGAUCGAAUUGGCAAUUGUUUUUACCUAACAUGAAUUCUGAAAGUGGCAUCAUCUCAUCGUUGUUAGCUGCUCGUAACUUUGUUGUUCGGAUUGGCAUUCUAUACGAACACAAAUCAAGCGCACAAAUAUUUUAUGGAACUGGGCUUUUACUUACUGAUCGUUUCGUAUUGACUUGCUCACAUAAUUUCGACGUUGUGGAAUGGGGCAAAGAAAAGGUUUCACACAGCAAAAUUACUAUUUGCUUCGGUGAUCCAGCUAAUGAAUCAUUAUUUUCAUUACCAAAUCCAAGCCCAUUAUUAAUAGAAGCAACGCUAGUUCGACGUGGAUUAUGCGCCGACAAUAUAUCUGAUUAUGAUUAUACAGAAUCCUCAUCAACUGAUCUUGCUUUACUCGAGUUAACUCGGUCAGCAACACAUUUAGAAGAAAAUGCGUGUUUCAAUCCGAAGCUAACUUCAUCAUCAUUCUUAUCGAAUAAUUAUGUAAUUAACUCAACAUUAUAUGUAAUAGGCUACAAUGGCGAAUUACAAGAUCCUGAUCAGUUAACGCCUUAUAAAUAUUUAAAUGGUUUUUCUAAUUUAUCAGUGAAUAAAUUGAAUUUAUACCACAACGUCAACUCUAAGUCUGUCUCUGUAGGGCGUUUAAUAAACCCAUGUAUGACAGAUCGAUAUGGUGCACACGAUUGUACCACAUUACCAGGAUCAAGUGGCUCAUUGAUGAUUGAUUCUAACGGAAAAUUUAUUGGCUUACAUAUAGGCGUUACUAAUUCACGUCGAGGAAAAAAAGAUGAAAUGUUCUUUACUGAAGAAACGUUCAACAGAUUCAUACCUAUUUAUUCAAAAGAAUUUCGUUGCUUUAUCAAUGAAACAAUCUUACCAAGUAUUAAUAAUGAUACAUUAUUAAAAAAUUGGACCGAUGUUUCAACUCAAGAUAUGAACGACUAG